AUGCCGGACAAGUUAAUAGUAUGGGACCAGGUUCGCUCCAGCUCCGGCAGUGAGGAUCAGCUGUUUGUGAUGAUAACGAGUCAUCACGUGAUCUUUAUGCGGGAACGCAAGGACUCUAUUAUCUUACAGCUGAAACACAGGGACUACUCAAAGGCUGCACACAACGAAUCAGACGGGCGUUGCUAUGUGAAUCUAUUUCGUGUAGAAGAGAGAGAACCAUAUUGCAGUAACAAGACGCCUCAGGUCCGAUGUGAUUGCCGGUCCAUUGCGCAGAAGGUAGCGCAGCAGAUCAACUACGCCAAAAGUUUGUCAGAGGAACAUUGAACCAGUAUUAUGUGUGAAAUGGAGAAUACUGUGAAGGGUUUAAGAUAGAAUUUAGUAAAUAGGGAAUAUCUUCAACAAUGUGAUAUUUGAAUAUUGUAAAAUGUAUCAGAUCAGAUAGGUGAAAUAUAUGAGACGGGAAUACUGUUAAAACAGUGUAUAUGAUAGGCAAUGUUGUGAAAUGUAUCAGAUCAGAUAGGUGAAAUAUAUGAGACGGGAAUACUGUAAAAACAAUGCAUAUGAUAGGCAAUGUUGUGAAAUGUAU